AUGAAAAAAUACUUAUGGAGAACGCCCUCUAUGGCAAAUCAUGGGCGGUCUUUGAAGGAAGUCAUGAAAUGUACUACUAUCGAUGAUGUUUUCUCUAUUGUGCAGAAAGUUGGUGAUGGAACGUUUGGUUCUGUACAUUUGGCUACCCGCAAAGACUCGACAAAGGUAGUAGCCAUUAAAUCUAUGAAGAAGAAGUUAGUAAAGAUAUCCGAUGCUGCUAGGCUACGUGAAGUCCACUCCUUGCUUCAUCUUUCAGAGCAUGAAAAUAUUGUUAAUAUUUUUGACCUUUACAUUGAUCAACCUUUUUGUUUGCAUAUCGUAAUGGAAUUCCUUGAGUGUAAUUUAUUUCAGUUGAUUAAUUCCCGACGAGGCAAGCCGUUUUCUUACAACACUGUUCGAGAUAUUAUGAGUCAGAUAUUUCAGGGCAUAGGGCACAUUCAUGCGAAUGGCUUCUUUCAUCGGGACAUGAAACCCGAGAAUAUUCUGGUAUCGCCCGUGGAAAACUCUGAUGCAUACAAGGUGAAAAUAGCAGACUUCGGGCUUGCGAGGGAAAUACACUCGAGCCCACCUUACACGGAAUACGUUUCCACUCGCUGGUAUCGUGCUCCCGAAUUAUUGCUUCGAGAUUCGUGUUAUUCAUGUCCAGUUGACAUAUACGCUGCAGGUUGUAUGGCUUUUGAAGUUGCAACCUUACAGCCAAUAUUCCCUGGAAUGGAUGACGUCGAUCAGCUGUAUAAAAUAUGUGAAAUUCUAGGAAGUCCGGACGAAGAAUCGCAAAAUAUGGGAUUUGGAGGGGGUGGCACAUGGAAGCAAGCAGAAAAAUUAACAAGAGAGCUGGGAAUCAUUCUGCCCAGAUUAGCACCUUUAAAUUUACGAGAGUUAUUCUCUUCGCCAUGGAAUGGAGCAUUUGCAUCGAUGCUCACCGAACUAUUACAGUGGAAUCCAGAUGUCAGACCUAAUGCGCGAAAAUGUUUGGAGCUUGAUUUUUUCAGCGCAGAAGAAGUAAAGGUCGAGAAACCAACGGAAGUGAAAACGAAACAAGUCGGGAAGGUUAGCGAAGCUCAAGUCUCCAUACCAACGUAUUCAUUUCAGAACAUAUUUACAAAAGUUACAUUACCUUAUGUUGCGGAUAAGACGGGUACGCGUUCUUCGAAGCUAUAUCAAAAGUUCCAUAAAGGAAUUACAGGGUUUAAGCGCACGUUUCAAAAGUCGAAUAAACAGAAAAAGGGUACCAAGACACCACAGCCAAUCUCGACGCCGGUGGAUCGUCCGCCUUCACCAUUUUUCCCUGUACUUCCCCAAAUACGUCCCUCGACACCUUUGAACUUGAAAUUGAGAAACUAUAUGCUUUCAAGUGCAGAGUAUAAUGCAACCAACAAGAGUAUGCCGAUGUUUAUGGAAACUUCGCAAUCGGCGGGUUUGAGUCAAUUGAAUGACAAGGAGAAUAGACAAAUUCGAAGAAAAUCAACAGAUGCCAGUUCUCUAAAGCAUUUCACGUCAGGCGCUAGAAAAUCGGUGCCAUCGUAUUCCGAUGUGGAAACCAUUUCUCCUACAACCUUAAACGAUAAGAGCGCGACACUUCGUUCAAGCAAAUUCAGUGGACUUUCGAAUGGCAGUUCGAGAUCAACAGCGCAAACGUAUUCGGUUUUGCUGGAUUCUGCAGAUUGGGAGCAAACGUCGCUUUGGGAGAAGAGUAGUCUGAAAGGGAAUUCAGAUGCUCAAGUGACGAAACGGUCUUUAAAAAGUUUCAAAGGUGAGGAGGCGGACGAGAAGGGGGAGAAUGAUUCUAAACCGGACCUUGGUUUACGAAAGUCUUCAAUUUUGUCUUCCAACAUCCUCGAACAUGAUUUCCCGGAUUUCGGUGUCACAUCCCUUGCAGAUACAUUGGGUGUUCCUGGCUUGCCUACAAGGUCCGAUUCGCAUGUAACAUCUCAAACCAUUUCUUAA